UGCCCCGCGGCAAAAUGGCGGCUUGGGCCGAGCGCGAGGUCCCGGCCGAGAGGGGAGGGGGUAAAGUUUGGGGCAGGUAGGAGACCCCCCCUCCAAACGGCUCAGAAGCUGCCGCAAAGUUGCAGGGGCCCCCGCAUGAAAGAGCGACUGGAGGGGGACCUGGGGUGGGGGCGGGACUGAGGGGACCGGGAAGAUCAGAACCGAACCGGGAUCCCCGCCCGCCUGUUGCUGGAGUUCGGAACCCCUCGGUGAGUCCCGGUGGUGCCUUCGGGGCGCCGCAGAGCUCGUGGGCUGGGCCAGGCCAGGCCCGUUGCGGGACCGUGUGCGGGCAGAGCUAUUAGAUGGGCGAGGCUCCAGGCUUGAUGACUCGAAGUCCUCUCUGAGGGCUACCGAGCGGGCAGGAGUCUCCGAGCCGUGCGACGCCGAGUUCUGCUUGGGCUCAGUGUCUGAUACGGGCUCGGUGAACCCCUAACCUGGAAGGAGGAAGCGCGCGGCGAAAAUAGUCGGAUUAGACUUCUGAGAUGCCGCUUUAAGGGGUAAUGUUAUGCUAGAGAGAGGGGGAAGAAAUAACGACCAAGCCGGUUAGCGCUGAAUGGAGUUUGGGGGCGGGGGAUCAGCUGACCUUUGCCCGUGGCUAAGGCUGAGGGGCAAAAGUGGAGAGGAACCCCUCCGCCUAAAGCGACAGCUGGAAGUGAAACAGGCUCAAACUCAUGCUUUGCAUCCUUUCAAGAAAUCUGUUCCAGUGUUGACUAGCAGGGGAGACCUUGCAGGCAUUUCAGGUGCAAAGUGCAAGACACCUUUGGGAUCAGCCUGUAAGCAGAGCCCAUGUGAGACAAUUAAGAGGGAGACAACACUCUGUCAGGAAGACUGGCAACAGCUUUUCUGGAGGUUUCAGGAGUCAUUGGCCAGAUGCUGUUGGAUGCGGUCAUGAGAUCGCUAACUUUGAACGGGGAGGAAAAACAUGUUUGGACAGGACAUCACUUUGGGUCUCAAAGCAAGUUGCCUGCCCUUCCUCGUUUUUGGAAAAGUGAUUGUUGUGAUGAAGAUCGGAAACUGGAAGGCACGGACAUGGCAUUUACACGAAUACUUGGAAUUACACAAAUACUUGGGAACUACAGGUAACCUGUUGGUGAAAACUAAGCAGGAAAGACGAUGACAACUACCAUCCCUUCCAAGAAACCUUAUCGUAAGGCUCCUCCGCAGCACCGUGAGAUUCGGCAUGAGCUGCCCAUCCUGCGUGAUGACCACGAUGGUGUGAUUUUGGCAGAGCAGAGCCAGGAGCCCCUGACAGAUGCAGAGAGGAUGAAAUUGCUGCAGCAUGAGAAUGAGGAGCUGCGUCGACGUCUGGCCUAUGUCACCAACAAAAUGGAGACAAUGGAGAGGGAGUUGGAGUCUGGCCAAGAGUAUCUGGAGAUGGAGCUGGGCCAGAACCGUGAGGAGCUAGAGAAAUUCAAAGACAAAUUCCGUAGAUUGCAGAACAGUUAUACAGCUUCACAAAGAACCAAUCAGGAUUUGGAGGAGAAGCUGCAUGCCCUGGCCUCUCUCAGUCAAAGCUGGAUUUUUGCAAUUAAAAAAGCUGAGAUGGAUCGGAAAACACUUGAUUGGGAAAUUGUGGAGCUCACUAACAAGCUACUGGAUGCCAAAACUACCAUUAAUAAACUGGAAGAGCUUAAUGAGCGAUAUCGUCAGGACUGUAACCUGGCAGUGCAGCUGCUGAAGUGCAACAAGUCUCACUUUCGGAACCACAAAUUUGCUGAUCUUCCUUAUGAGCUGCAAGACAUGGUCAAUAAGCACUUGCAUAGUACUCAGGAGUCCUUGGGCCCUGGCCAGGAGGCCCUGCACACCUUGGCCCCAUCUGAUGUUGUGCCCACCUCUGUCAUUGCCAGAGUCCUGGAGAAACCGGAGUCGCUGGUGCUGAACUCCGCUAAAUCUGGCAGUGGAAGCUGCCCCAUCGCUGAGGAUGUUUUUGUGCAUGUGGAUAUGAGCGGAGCCCUACCUGAUGCCUGUCCCAGCUCAGGGCAGUCUGGGAAAGAGGAAGUGGAAGGAGGGAGGCAGCAAAAUGGGGGCUGCAAGCCUCAGAGCAGCUUGGAAAGCUUGCCUGAAGAGGUGCCGACAUUCGAGAAGUUGAGCCCCUAUCCCACCCCGCCUCCUCCCCACCCAAUGUACCCAGGACGCAAGGUGAUUGAGUUCUCUGAGGACAAGGUGAGGAUCCCAAAGAACAGCCCCCUGCCCAACUGUACUUAUGCCACACGCCAGGCUAUCUCCUUGAGCCUAGUUCAGGGGGAGGAGGAAGGCUGUGACAGGCAGCGAACCCUCCCCAGUAGCCCCGCCUCAGAAGGCCAGCGCUCUGCCUCUAGCUGCUCCUACCAGCUGUCCCCAAAGAUGAGUCGAGCUCAUGGUUCCUCACAGAGCAGCCCCUUCAGCAGUCCUCCACAGGUCCCCAGCACUUUUGCUAGUUCAGCCAGCUCUGAGGAGGACCUGCUAGCUAACUGGCAGCGGAUGUUUGUGGACAAGGCUCCCCCCACCACGGAGCAGGUGCUGGUGAACCGCACUUCCUUUAGCCGUGACACAGCCCAGGAGCUCCAGAAACGCUUUAGCCGCUCCAUGCAGGAGUUAGGGCGGGCAGCCCCCGCAUACUCAGAUGGUGAGGAGUCAGCACAGAGCUGCAGCUGGACUGUGAGCAGAGACUCAAGCGAGGACACAGACAGCACAGAGUCCCGGGCUCGCCGGAGCCAUUUGUGUUCCGACUAUGGAACAGACUUCUCUCAGGAGGAGGCCCAUAAAUUGCUUCAAGGGCGUGGCAGUGAGGGGCUGACGGAGCUUCCCAGUUCAUCUUCACCAGAGAAGCACAAAGACUGUGUAGACAUAGACUCACCCCGGAGCCCAACUGAAGAACAGGAAAUGCUGCUUCAGGGAAACAAGGAAAAAAGCCAAGAGGCCACCAGUGAGCCAAGGAGGCAGUGCAAGAGCAAGGCUCCUUCUGGCCGCCCGCACCGUAGUCCCAAGAGAAUGGGGGUUCAUCACCUCCAUCGCAAAGACAGCUUGACGCAAGCCCAGGAGCAGGGCAACUUGCUCAACUGAGGGUAGGGAGCAAGAAAGACCUGGGUUGUCCAGGUGCUAGUAGUCUGUCCCCCUCCCAGGGGCUGUGCCUGUAGUCCUGGAGUUGAAAGGACUGCCAUCAUGGUGCUCCUGCCCAGGAAUUCCAGGCCAUUUUUUAUAUAUUUAUUGUAUUUUUAAUACAUAUGAGGAGUGGAGAUUAGUUCUGCAGCACUAGAACAAAACACUCCAGUGUACACCAGCAUACUGUUCUGUGCUGAUGUUCACAGCUCAAUUUGCACUCAUUCCCAUUCUUUUCAAGCUGAAUUCCACCUUCAGUCUUCUCUUUCGGCUCUAACAUUGUCCCAUUUUGGUUCAGGAGUUAUGACACUUGGGCAUCUCCAGUCUGCACUCCUACCUUUUCAGUCUGUGCCAAGAAAUGGGUGCAUGUCCUGUUCCUCUUGUCUGUAUCUUCCACCAGCCAUGUGAAGGGUGUGUCCAGCUGUGUGUGGUUUGUGCGUUAAGCUUUUACUUUGAUGACUUAGUGUUUGUUUCUUCUGGCUGCUGUGUGGAUGUUAUGCGGCUGAGCAGGGAGGACACUUCAGAGGCAACUUCUGUGGCUGCUUUGCUUUUUAUGGGCAUGGCACUUGUGAAGAGGGCCAGGCUGUACAACACCACUGGCUGAAUGUAAAGUCCCCCCUGCUAGACUUCAACCCAGAACUGCCAUGUUGAAUCACUCCAAAAGGCUGUGCAAGGCUGCCGUAAUGGAGUGACUUGUGUGUUCCUUUUCUCUGCAGUUACUGUGUUGGUUUUUACUUGGGUGGUCUCCCUGUCCUAUUUCAGUUGUGUUAGAUAAAGUGUGCUCUUUCAUUCACUCCUCUUUAAAAGUUUUUAUUUGUAAAAUAUGCUCUGUUCUUCUUUUGUAAAAGAAGAGAACCUGCAGCGGGGAUGAAACGGCAUAUGUGCUGUGCAAGAUGUGGAGUCAUCUCGCUCUGUGGCCGAACCACAAAAUUUCUCCACCUUUGGCACAGAAAGAGAUGCAGGUUCUUUGCCUCCUUGGAGGUGGCUGGUGAGGAUGGGCAUCCCUAUAUUGGGCUGGGAUCCAAAUUUACACUAGUGCCUUCCCAAGGCCUUAUCCAAGGCCUGAUUUUUUUUGUUAUUGCUCGUUUGUCUCCUGUGUGUGCUCAGUGAUAUCGUAGUUCCUUUUGCAGAAAUUCUCUUUAUGUGCAUAUGCUGAUGUGCACACACAGCUGAAGCGGGUGGAAAAAGGAUUAGCAGUAUUCGGAGUUUUCUUUGGAAGACCAAGCUUCCUAGUUUUAUUCUUGUCCCCUGGGUUUGAAAUAAGAUGGUGAAACCAGUGAAGUGACUAGACUAAUGGACUAAAUUUACCUUGUCAGCUCUUUUUUGUUGAAUGAAGAUAUAUGAUCUUCUAUGGGAGAAGGACUCUAAAGCCUUCCUCUGCAACAGCGGGUGUUCUCUCCGUUGCAAACACCAGCAAAGCAGCCAAAAGCUGCCAAGGAAGCCAACGUAUAGCUUCACGGGACCAACAACCCACCAACAACCUUCUAAAAACUAUGGGACAGCUGCCAGAACCUUUGCAGGCUACAGGGCUUAUGCUGUCCUCUGUUCCUUUCCCUUCAGACAUAGCCAGGGUCUGCACAGGUGAGGCUUGCUGGCCAUAGCAGACUUUUUCUGUCCAGUUCUGUGCUGAGGUAUUUUUUGGUCAGCUGUGCUAAUAAAUUGGUGCUAAAGAUGGACACUCCUCCUUUAGCUUUCUUGAUUCUUAAUCUUUAAUAAAAUUGCUCCUACAGCUGGCAUUUGUUUAUUCUGUUCAGCUACUGCAGCAGUUUAUUUUAUUUUGUGGGGGGGGGGGGGAGGGAGACUUUGCUUUGUAAAGGGCUGGAUCCAGUUGGCAUUUCGUCCUGCCCCAGUCCUGCUGUGUUUUCUUUUUUUCUUCUUGUGAGGGGUGCUGGAGGUGAAGGCUUCAGAGCUGUUUGGUGGAUUCCCAUAUGUAGCCUAUGUUGGAGAGAAGUACACUCUGUAGAAUAUGAGCCCUUAUCAGCAACUGCUUAGUUAGGAAGGAACUGAUGAGUUCAGAGUCCUGCUCUCCCUUCUGCAGGAAGCUCCACAGCUCCAUUUAAAGGCAAUUGGAAACUGACUUGGCCCUGUCCACCUAAGUGACCGAGGCCAGAUGACAUGGACUUCUUCUUUGCCUUCAGUCGUGUUGAGCUCAGAGGCUGGUAAGGGGAGAGGAAAAGUACGCAUGAGCACAUUUUAUAUGUGCCAUUUAGUUCAAGUGGGGCUGGGUGGUAGCGAAGCCUGCAAGAAAUGCAGCCUUCCUCCCAAAGUUCUUAUGGAGUCCGGUGGUGCAGUCUUUGGUAUUUUGCUUGUCCCUGGCAGUAUUAGUUCUCUUGGGAAGCUUGAGUUGCCUUCUUCAGCUGCCCCGUGUUUCACAGUGUCCCAACUCAAGACUGUUAAGCUGUGACUAAUAUGUUUUUUUCUGAGAUUUUCAAACUGAUGUUUAUUUUGAAGCCAGAAAUAAACUAUUUUAAAAGUA